AUGGCGCCGGCGGGGGACGAUUUCGCGAAGGAAGAAAAGAAUCCCCCUCCUCUUGACGAAGACGACAUAGCGCUCCUUAAAACCUAUGGAUUAGGGCCCUAUUCGAACAGCAUUAAGAAGGAAGAGAAAGAGAUUAAGGACUUAGCUAAGAAGAUCAAUGACCUGUGUGGUAUCAAGGAAUCUGACACUGGUCUGGCUACACCAAGCCAGUGGGAUCUGGUAUCUGAUAAGCAGAUGAUGCAGGAGGAACAACCACUUCAAGUUGCCAGGUGCACCAAGAUAAUCAACCCAAAUACCGAGGAUGCCAAAUAUGUAAUAAACGUCAAACAAAUUGCUAAGUUUGUAGUUGCGCUUGGUGACAAAGUCUCCCCUACUGAUAUAGAAGAGGGCAUGCGCGUUGGUGUUGAUCGUAACAAGUAUCAGAUACAAAUACCAUUGCCUCCGAAAAUUGAUCCAAGCGUCACGAUGAUGACCGUGGAAGAGAAGCCAGAUGUAACAUACAAUGACGUUGGUGGUUGUAAAGAGCAAAUAGAAAAACUGCGAGAAGUUGUUGAACUUCCCAUGCUUCACCCAGAGAAAUUUGUGAAGCUUGGAAUCGAUCCUCCCAAGGGCGUUUUAUGCUAUGGUCCUCCUGGAACUGGGAAAACUUUGUUGGCUAGAGCUGUGGCCAACAGAACUGAUGCAUGUUUUAUUCGUGUCAUAGGUUCUGAACUUGUUCAAAAAUAUGUUGGUGAAGGAGCUCGUAUGGUUCGGGAGCUUUUUCAGAUGGCUCGGUCGAAGAAGGCUUGCAUUGUCUUCUUUGAUGAGGUUGAUGCAAUUGGGGGUGCUCGAUUUGAUGAUGGUGUGGGCGGAGAUAAUGAAGUUCAGCGCACAAUGCUUGAAAUUGUUAACCAACUUGAUGGGUUUGACGCUCGAGGGAAUAUCAAAGUGCUAAUGGCAACAAACAGACCUGACACCUUGGACCCAGCACUUCUACGUCCUGGAAGACUAGAUCGUAAGGUAGAGUUUGGACUGCCAGAUAUGGAGAGCAGGACUCAGAUUUUCAAAAUCCAUACGCGGACAAUGAAUUGUGAAAGAGAUAUUCGCUUUGAGCUCCUUGCACGGCUUUGUCCAAAUUCAACUGGUAAGCUCUGUUUUGUGAUAUUUGUUACAUAGUUUUAAGUUCAAAUAUAACGCUUUACGUGUAUAACACUCAUGCUGAAGUAGUGAAGUCCUCAGGUUCAUUAUAAUUCCUCUUGAUACCAAUCCUACUUUCUUGCAGGAGCCGACAUCAGGAGUGUCUGCACUGAAGCCGGAAUGUAUGCCAUUAGAGCACGUAGGAAGACGGUGACGGAGAAGGACUUCCUGGAUGCCGUCAACAAGGUCAUAAAGGGAUACCAGAAGUUUAGUGCCACACCUAAAUACAUGGUGUACAACUAACCUAGACAUGUGCUUUUCGAACACCACCUAAUGUAUUUGUAGUAGAUUUUGUAAUUUGUUUCCAGAAUUACUUGUUGUACACCUUGGGAACACCACAUACCUCAUAUUUCUAAGCUAGUCAAAUGUUUCUGCUUUUGUUUUUGGUAACCUCAGAUUGGGUGUGUUUUUUUUUUUUUUUUUU